AUGCGGAAAGUAGUGUUGUUAUUGCUACUCGGCUAUAUCGUGGCCCACACCUUUUAUUUUAUCUACUCCCUAAUUCACGUGUCCUACACAAGAAGAGAAUUCUCGAAACGGGAUCUUUCUGAUGGCCCAUUGGUGCUCAAGGAAGGUGUUGUCGCGAAAAAAGGCAAAGUCAUUGCACUUAACAAGAAGCCCAAAAAGAAACCUAUCAAAGAACCAGUGCAUGUCGGAGGUGCAAAAGCUGCCAGUCUUUUUGCGUGGUAA